AUGGAUUUCCUUUUCUUUGUUAUGAAAAAUGUAAUACAAAAGUUAAUUUCCUUCUUACUCAAUCAAGCGAUACUUACAGUAUCUGAGAGUAAAGACGUAUUAAUGACAUCCUCAUCUACAGAAAGCCUGUUCGUGUGGGGUUCGUCCGAAGAAGGACAACUAACCUUAGAUAACACCGAUACCUAUCAGCUUCUUACCCCAAAGGCAUUAAAUGUCCAGUUUUUACCAGAAUUUGUACAAAUUAGCUGUGGAUAUACACAUACGGUUUUUCUAACCAUCGACGGAGAAGUAUACAGUUGUGGGUGCAAUGAGUUUCAGCAGUUAGGUCACGGACAGUCUGGUGGUCACUUGGGAAGGGUAGUUGCUUUAGAACAGUACAGAAUCAUCAGUGUAGCUUGUGGAGCAUAUCAUAAUGCUGCUAUUACUUAUAAUGGACUUCUGUUUACUUGGGGCUGUAAUUCUAAUGGACAACUUGGUCGUGAAGACGACACAGGAGUUAAGCUUGUUCGAGCACUAUCUGAUCAUAGAGUUGUUCAGGCCAGUUUAGGUGUAGAACAUACCCUUGUCUUAACUGAUACUGCUCGUGUUUUUGCAUUCGGUUCCAAUCUUAAAGGUCAGUUAGGCUUGGGUUUUAGUUCGGAACAGCCAAUAUCAAUGCCGCAACAAAUUCUAUGCCUUUCUGGUUUACCUAUCCGACGUAUAAUUGCAGGCGGUUGGCAUAGUUUUGUUUUAACUGUCAGUGGUUCACUUUAUGCUUGGGGAUCUAAUAAUUAUGGUCAACUUGGCUUAUCAUAUUAUGGAUCUUCACCAAGUGAUCAUCAUAAUGAUUUGGUGUCAAAGUAUAUUACCGGUGCUGAUGAUGAACAAUUGAAAGAUCGUUCUUUUUCACCGGUCGAUACAAGUCAAAGUAAUGUAUCUAUUCCAACUUUUGUGAAAGCUUUACGUGGUUGUGAAGUUGUUUAUUUGGCUUGUGGUGAAGUACAUUCAGUUGCACUUACUCGAGAUGGUGGUGUAUUCACGUUUGGUGCUGGAAGAUAUGGCCAGCUAGGUCAUAAUGAAUCUACGAUUGGUAUAUCUGUACCACGUAAAAUUACUGAAUUUAUGGGUAAUGUGAUCACUCAAGUAGCUUGUGGUCGAUUUCAUACAUUGGCGUUAAUUCCAAAAACUGGUCGAUUAUUUGCAUUUGGUCAAGGCACUAAUGCACAACUUGGUAUGGGUGAUACAAAAAAUCGUUUAUUACCUUGUCGAGUUAAAGGAAACUGGGUUUCGUCUGACGAACUCAAUAGUAAACAGUCUACUGUUGGCAAUGAUUCUGCUUCAGGCAAGCCUUACGUAGUACGUCGAAUAUUCUCCGGUGGUAAUCAUACUUAUGUGUUAGCUCAAAUGUAUCAAACCGGUGAAAAAGUGGACGCAGAUGAUUUACGCAAUUGGAAUCGUUUAUCAUUACAAUCUAUUGUUACUAUUUGCCCUGAAAUUGUACAACAACUUCGUAAUGCUCAUACUGCUCUACCACUUCCACCGCCAAUUUCUCGUUCUGUAUCACUUUGUUCAUCACGUCCACUAACUUCGCCUAGUUCUUCAGCCAAUGAUCCAAUGACAAUUGUUUCACAAGUGGAAUCUGUUUUUUCCUCAUUAGAUCGAUGGUUUACCAAAAUACAACCACGUUAUCUGAAAAGAUUGGUUCUGAAUUUGAACAAUUUAAUUUCCUAUAUUUUGGAUAUGCAACCAGCCUCAGCGUAUAGUCAACGUAAAUUAAAAGAAGAAAGUAUUCGUCAUGCAUUGGAGUUUAUGAAACGUUUACAUCGGGUGAACGAAAAUCACCCGAAUCCAAUUGCUUAUAAUAGCUUUUAUCUUCCAACAUUAAAAGAUAAAAUUAAUAUUGGUAGUGCAUUUGUAAAUUGGUUACAAGAAUGUAAUUCCGGUGGAAUGCGUUUUUUUUCAUUUUGUGAUUAUCCAUUUGUAUUUGAUGCUGCAUCCAAAGCUGAAAUGCUUACCAUUGAAGCUCGUUUAACAAUGCAACAAGCUAUGGCACAUGCACAAUCUGCAAUGUUCCAAACAUUAAUCUCACCAUUUUUUGGUAUACCUGCAUAUGAAAGCGGUACAUCAUCACCAUAUUUUAGUAUUACUGUUCGUCGUGACAAUAUUCUUCAAGAUACACUAUCUCAUUUGACAAUGGCUAAUCCAGCGGAUUUUAAAAAAUUACUCAAAGUUAAAUUUGAAAACGAAGAAGCAGUGGAUGAAGGCGGUGUAAUGAAAGAAUUUUUCUUGUUGGUUAUGCGAGAUUUACUCAAUCCAGUUUAUGGUAUGUUUCGGUGUUAUCCAGAAUCACGAAUGUUAUGGUUUAGUGAAUCAACAAUGGAAAGUGAUAAUGUCUUCUUAAUGGCUGGUAUUCUAUGCGGUUUAGCUAUUUACAAUUCAAUUAUUGUUGAUUUAAGUUUUCCAUUAGCAAUGUUUCGUAAAUUACUUGGUGAACAACCAGGAUUAGAUGAUUUAAAAGAAUUAGAUCCAGUUGUUGGUCGUUCUUUACAACAAUUACUUGAUUAUGAAAAUGCUGAUUUGGCUGAUGUAUUCUGUUUGAAUUUCACUGUUACAAUUGAUUAUUUCGGUGUGAAUAAAACUAUACCAUUGAUAGAAAAUGGUGAAAAUAUCACUGUCAAUCAAGAUAAUAAAAGUUUAUAUGUUAAAAAAUACGUUGAAUAUGUAUUUGAUAAAUCGUGUGAAAUACCAUAUAAAGCAUUCGAGAAAGGAUUUCUUCAAGUUUGCGGUGGUUAUUCAUUGAAAUUAUUUCAACCAUCUGAAUUACAGUCUUUAGUUGUCGGUUCAGAAGUAGUCAACUGGGAUGAACUUCGUCAGAAUACAACAUAUCAAGGUGUCUAUUGGGAUAGACAUCCAGUGAUUAUAUGGUUUUGGGAUGUAUUACUGUAUGAUUUUACUGUUGAAGAGAAAAAGAAAUUCUUACGUUUUCUUACUGGUUGUGAUCGUGUACCAAUUGUUGGUUUCAGUGGUGUAAAGAUUACAAUUCAACCAAACAAUAGUGGUGAUGAAUUUCUACCAGUAGCACAUACAUGCGCCAAUCUAUUAGAUUUGCCAAUGUAUAGUUCUAAAGAGAUAUUAGCUAAAAAAUUAUCCAUGUCCAUUCAACAAACGGAAGGUUUCGGUUUAGUUUAAUGCUGCACUAGAACAAACAAAUAAAUUGUGUGCCAAUUCAUCUAUCAUCAUCAUCAUCUUCUAUCUGUCAACCAGUCAACCAACCAAUCAAUCAAUCAAUCAUCUCAACCAAUUUAUUAUUACUAUUAUUAUUAUUAUUUCGAAACAAAAUAUCUGUGUGUGUUCAAUGUGUAUGCGUUCGUUGUGGUGUAUCAUUGAUUAUGGUGUUUAUUGUGUUGUUGUGUGUAAAUUCAUUCCAUGGAUUGACUGAUUGACUGAUUGAUUGAUUGAUUCCAUGUCACACAUCACAUCCUUAAAUGAUACAAGAAAGUGACAGAUAGAUAGAUAGAUAGAUAGAUACUAUAAAUACUACUGAACAAAUAUUUUCUACUAGAAAGAAUAAAUUUUUUUUUCUUUCCCACAUCGGUUUGCUUUGAAUUAUUCCGUCGAGUAUAUAUUUUUUUUUGCUUUUGAUUCUAUUUUAUUCUCACACGUUUUAUUUUGUGUGUGUGUGUGUGUGGUAAUGCUGAUAACUCCUAUUUCUGUUUUUGUAAAAAUUAUAUUCGAAAAAAAAGAAUGAUCUAAUUUGUUUAGCUGUUAAUUUUCUUGAGGAGUCUCUCUCUUGUUGUCUCUGCCUCUCACCUACACACACACACUGACCUAUUACUCUCUCUCGCUCGCUCGCUCGCUUUUUCCCCCGAAUUCGAUAAUAAACUCUAUUUGCUUUUAGAGUAAUG